AUGGAAUUUCUUACUCAAAUACAAGCAAUUGGAACAGUUUUUGCCUUAAUCUUGCUCUACACCUUAUGGAGAAGAAAGCUCAACAAUCACAAAACAAAAGGAAGAGAUGAAGUCCCUACACCAUCUGGUGCCUUACCAAUUUCAGGUCACCUUCAUUUAAUUGGUGGACAAGAACCACCUCCAAAAACUCUUGCAGUCAUGGCUGAUAAGUAUGGACCAAUCCUCAUGCUUAGACUUGGCAUUCAUCGAACACUUGUUGUGAGUAGUUGGGAGCUUGUAAAGGAUUGCUUCACCACAAAUGAUAGAGUUUUUGCUACAAGGCCUCAAGUAGCUGCAGGCAAGUAUUUGGGCUAUAACCAUGCAGUGUUUGCCUUCACUCCUUAUGGGUCAUAUUGGCGUGGAAUCAGAAAUAGAACUACUCUUAAUCUCCUCUCCAAAGCUCGUCUUGACAAGUUAAAGCAUGUAAGAAUCACUAUUGUAGACAUAUCCAUCAAAGAAUUGUACUCAAUUUGGGCCAAGAAUGGAGGUACUCAUCCAGUGAAGGUAGAGAUGGAGGAGUGGUUUGAUCACCUGAGCUUAAACAUCAUCACUGAGAUGAUUGCCGGAAAACGUUAUUUGGGAAACAUCAAUACCGGAUACGAAGAUGAAGCUAAGAGACUUAGAAGGGUAAUUGCUCAACUAAGGUAUCAAUUUGGGGUGUUUGUUCCUUCUGAUGUAUUACCCUUUUGUGAAUGGUUAGAUUUGGGAGGACAUUUGAAAGCCAUGAAGUCUCUUGCUAAGGAAUUCGAUUGUAUAUUGGGAAAUUGGGUCGAAGAACAUCGUCGUAACAUUGCUAAGAAGUUGGCCGGCGAGGAAGAAGGUGAGCUUGACUUCAUCGAUGUGAUGCUAACCACCCUUUCUGAAGAAAAUUUGACGUGUAGUUAUGAUGAUGAUACCAUCAUCAAGGCAACUGUGCUGGCCUGA